AUGGCCUCCCAACCUUCCACCCCUCUAAAACCCUCCCUCCUCUACACCAUCUACUUCCUAACCUUCGAACCCCUCGCCGCCCUCGGCGGAACCUACCUCGCCCUCUUCAACCCCACCCGCUACCUGCGCGGCACUUUACCCUCAACCAUCCCCACCCCUCCCAUAAGCCCCCUAAUCUACUCCCUGCUCGUCAACAUCGGGAGUUUAUACUUCCUGUUCGCCGUUGCCGAAGGCGUGGUUUUACGGCUGACGCGGAAGCGAAGUGUGUGGUUUGCGGUUUUAGGCGCGUUUUGCGUGACGGAUGUUUGUCAUUUGUAUGCGGUGUAUAUUUUGGAUCCCGAGAGGUUUUUUGCGGUGGGGAAGUGGAAUGGGGAUGAGUGGAUUAACUAUGGGACGCUGAAUGCUGGGUUGGCGUUGAGGAUUGCUUUUAUGUUGGGGUUUGGGAGGAAUUGA